AUCACCUGUGUACCUUUCUGUCCGGUGUGUGUGAGUGUGUGUGCGUGUGUGUGUGUCUGGGGCGGGGCUGCUCCCGGAGCUCCGCCCCUCCGGACACGUUUCCCGGGGAGCGGCUGCACGGGCCGCCGGUCUCCGCCUCCUACUCGUCGGUCUCCGCUUCAUAGUUUCGCUCCAUCAUCAGUCCGCUCCGUCGGCGCGUCCACACGCACACACACACACACGCACACGCAUACACAUGGCCGGGAGAGUCACGCUUCGGUGCCGGUAAGGGACGCUCCGCUGCACCGGCUCACCUGCCCGGUUCACCUGGGAGCUCCGGAGCAAACCAGCGGGAGCAGCUGCGGAGCGACGCCGGAGAGGAGGUGCUAUCUGCGGGGAGGAGAGCAGCUCAGAGCCGCCGUGGGUCUGCGGAGCUCCGUGAUGAUCUCUGCUGGCUGACGCUCCAUCAUGUCGACCUCAGACUCUGACUUUUCCGUCGACUGGUUCGCCAGCGACGAGGACGAAUACGAUGACGAGCCGAAGACACCAAGUCCAGAAACAGACGAGCUGCUGCCUUCGUCUUCAUCAGGUUGCUGCUGCUGUUCUGCAGCUCAGAGGAGCAGUAAAGACGGUGUUGGCGUCAGUCCGGUUCAGGGAUUUACCUCCGUCUGUCCUCAGCUUCCUGUGGAGAAGACUCAUCGUCUGGACAGGAAGAGGAAACAUGGCGAGGAAUCGGACAAUCGCAGCAACACCGAGAGCGAACUUUUCUUCCACAAGUGCUUGGAGCUUCAGAGCUACAUCCAGCCGCUGAACUCCAUCCUGCAGAACCUCCGAUCAGGACGAUACUCACAACGUCUGAGCAGCUUCCAGGAGAACGUCGCCGUCGACCGGAUCCAGAGAAUCCUGGGGGUCCUACAGAACCCCGACAAAGGAGGACGUUUCCUCAGCAUCAUUCUGAAGAUAGAAGAAAUGCUGCACACCUGGUUUCCUCACAUCAAACCCAACCAGGCGGCCGACGGAUCUUCAGCCAAGAAACUAAAACAGCAUCGUCAUGGCGAUAUCUCUCCUCCAUCAGACGUCGUCUCGGCGUCCUCCAACUCAUCGACUCACCUCAAGUGGCUUCACACUUCACCCGUCUUCUCCCUGAAAACCCCGGAAGCGUCGCCUGGCCGACUCACCUCCUGCAGUCAGGAAGUGACCCAGGACGCUGCCGUCUCCUCCAGCACCGACUGGACCGGCCAACCACCUUGUCCGGUUGCCAACCCUCGCCUUCGCCACGGACCACCGCUGUUCAAGAUCAGCUCACCGUGUCUGGAACGCCUCCUGCAGGCGACGGAGAGCAUCAUCGCUCCCAGAACUGCCGGAGACGGCAGCGUGUUGUCGUAGCAACCGGACCUCAUGACGCCCGAACGCCUUAAAACGCAUCGUUCAGUCUUCUAACCCAGCGAAUGUGGGUUCACCCAGAGACGAAGCUCUGGGUUAAACGUUCUGGUUGGAUGCUUUGAAGACAGGAAACACUGAGAACCGUGGAGGUCUCUGGUACUGAUGGAACUCUGGAGACUUUUCUUACCUGAACUCUUUAAUUGUUACCUGGUUUGAUCUGCUUUCUUCAGGUUUUAUCGGUUCCUCUACCUCACGCUGUCGGUCAAAACACCAAAACUGAUUUAGGAGUGAAGAAACUAAAGUCUUCAAUAGGAAACCUGUGGAGUCUGAUGCAACAUCUCUGCCUUAGAUUCUACUGGAUGAGGGGGUUUUAUUUAAAUAUUAUGGGAUAGAACAGUUCACCUCCACCACUCUGACCUCAGUAAAGAGUUUUUACAGGUAGAACUUUAAACAGAAUCAGUAUUUAUGGCAGCGCUGUUACAUCUGAUCCACAGUUGACCCAAAUAAAGACUUUCUUCAAACAGCAGGAUUGAUUUAACACUUUGACUUGUUGGUUCUGCUUAACCUCAGUGUGCUUUUGGGAACUUUUUGAUGGUUGGUUUGGAAUUUUUUGCUUCUGUUUAUCCACCAGUUUUUCUCUUCCCAGGCCGAUUAGCAUUAAAUGCAUUUGGUGGUGAA